CAACCAGUUUUCUUUUCUCUCCCACAGAGAGUUACACAAAACAAAGACAAAAAGAGAAACAAAAGAACUCGUAAUUUUCUUCCUUUCUCACAAUGGCGGCUUUCGUUGACAACCGUCAAUUCGGCACUCACAUGAACCGCGUCGUUCGCAGUUGCGGGCAGGAUCUGAAGCCCCCGCUGCCGUUGGAUUUCGAUCUGGACUCAUCCAGCAGCGACGAGGAUGAAAACGACGACGCUUCGUACAUGAAAGAACUCAUACGAAAAGCGAACGCGGAAACGGAGGCGUCGGUUAUGGACCCGCGCGACGAGGGAACGGCAGAUCAGUGGGUCGAACGGAACGCCUCCAUGGUUCGCCUCACAGGGAAGCACCCGUUCAACGCGGAAUCCCCCUUGCCGCGUCUCAUGCACCACGGCUUCAUCACACCGGUCCCGCUCCACUACGUCCGCAACCACGGUCCAGUUCCCAAGGCCAAGUGGGAAGACUGGACCGUUGAGAUAACCGGUCUAGUCAAACGCCCAACCCGGUUCACCAUGGAACGCCUCGUGCGCGAGUUCCCCCACCGCGAGUUCCCCGCCACACUCGUCUGCGCCGGGAACCGCCGCAAGGAGCAGAACAUGGUCAAGAAGACCAUCGGCUUCAACUGGGGCUCCGCCGGCACCUCCACCUCGGUGUGGCGCGGCGUGCCGCUGCGUCACGUGCUGCGCCGCUGCGGGAUCCUUACACGUGCGAAGGGUGCGCUUCAUGUGUGCUUCGAGGGCGCCGAGAAUCUGCCCGGCGGCGGCGGAUCGAAGUACGGAACGAGCAUCUCGAGGGAGAUGGCCAUGGACCCCUCGCGCGACAUCAUCCUUGCGUACAUGCAAAACGGCGAGCCUCUGGCACCGGAUCACGGCUUCCCCGUUCGCAUGAUUAUUCCGGGGUUUAUCGGUGGCAGAAUGGUGAAGUGGCUGAAGCGCAUUGUUGUUACUGAACUUGAGUGCGACAAUCAUUAUCAUUACAAGGAUAACAGAGUGCUCCCUUCCCAUGUUAGUCCAGAACUUGCCAAUGAAGAAGGUAUCUUUCUUCUUACUUCUACUUUUUUUCACUUAUUCUUUUUUCUCUUAUUUUCAU